AUGCUGUGGCGGCAUUUACAGCGUCGCUUCCCGGCCCCCUUGGCUCGUCGUGACAUUGUCCGGUGUCGGCUUCCUCAAUCAUAUACUAGUUCGCGAAUACGCCAGCUGUCUAGCUCCUCCACAUUUCCGACAUCGUCUCAAUUCAACCGGUCAGAAUUUACAGGCCAGCCUUUUACUGGUAGCUGUGAAACUGGAGGUCCUACUCUCGGGCCAUUAGCCUCAGCCCCGGCCUUUGGCGCCCCCCGCAUCACACCAAAAGUGUUGAAGCAAUACCUCGAUCAAUAUGUCGUCGGCCAGGAACGUGCAAAGAAAGUGCUCAGUGUCGCUGUGUACAAUCACUAUCAGCGCGUACAAGAGUUAAUGCGCCGGGAGGAAGGAGCAGCCGAAGCUCUUGCGAAGCGUCAGCGGAGGGAAGCACUCGAAACUCAUCCCUUAGACGAUGAUAUCACAGGCGUGCUGAAGACUGCCAGCAUACCUCAAGCCCCCAAAUCCCGCCCAGACACUCCCCUAGAGCAAUCCGAUUUCGCCGAUACGGCACCGCUACAGCUUGAGAAGUCCAAUAUUCUAUUACUUGGACCGUCUGGUGUAGGAAAAACACUUAUGGCAAAGACUCUUGCUCGGGUGCUUUCAGUGCCUUUCAGUAUUUCCGACUGUACUGUGUUCACCCAAGCCGGUUACAUUGGGGAGGACGCGGAAGUGUGUGUUCACCGACUUUUGGCAGCGGCGGACUACAACGUGGAAAAGGCUGAACGUGGAAUUAUUGUCCUUGACGAGGUGGACAAGAUCGCAGCUGCGAAGGUUAGUCACGGCAAAGACGUCGGUGGCGAAGGAGUACAACAGGCGCUUCUCAAGAUCAUCGAAGGCACAACCGUGCAGGUCCAGGCCAAGCCAGAGAAGAAUCCCCGCGCAACUAGUGCCCCGAAUAGCUAUCCCUCUAAUAGCCCCCUGGGAAAUGGAUCAUUCCAACCCCACAACCCCAGCUCAGCCGCUAAAGGAGAAGUGUACAAUGUACGCACGGACAACAUUUUGUUCAUUUUCUCCGGUGCCUUCGUUGGACUGCACAAAUCUAUCAUGGAUCGAAUAUCCCGUGGGUCCAUGGGGUUCGGUCAGCCGGUUCGGACCCCCUCAAAUAUUAGCGAUUUCCCUGGAUCACCAAAUGUCUCUACCAACCAGCCACUUCCGAUCCUCCCAGGAUCCGAGGAAGAAGCGCUGUAUAAGAAACACCUCCCCUUCUUCUCCUCUGUCUCACCAGCUGGUUCUGGUGCCGAGCCAACCUAUUUCAAUGCACUCGACCUGUUAACACCCUCAGACCUGCAAAGCUACGGCUUCAUUCCGGAGCUGAUCGGCAGGAUUCCCGUCACCGCUGCUCUCUCCGUACUACCUCAGCCCUUACUUGUGCGCAUCCUAACCGAACCUCGCAAUUCCCUUCUAGCCCAAUACACUACCCUAUUCUCUCUCUCGGGUAUUGAGCUACGCUUCACCACACCAGCACUCCACAAGAUCGCCGCCAAUGCCUUCACAAUGGGCACAGGUGCACGCGCGCUGCGCACCGAGAUGGAAACUAUUCUCAGUGACGCCAUGUUCGAAGCGCCCGGCUCGAGCGUGAAAUUCGUCCUUGUGACGGAGGCUGUGGCCGAGCGUAAGGAACAACCAAUCUAUCUUGCCCGUGGACAGGGUGGGCGUUUCAAUGCUAUGAUUUCAGCUGAGGAAAGUCAAUGGGAAGCAAAGAGGCGCGGGGAAAAGAAACCCCAGGAUCAAAAAGCCGAAACGCAAGAUGAUGCGGAUGGCUCCAAUGUAUCGGACUUCCAGGAAUACCAGAAUCGAGCGACUGGUUAG